AUGAAUCUCAACGUGUUUUUUGUUGCGACGGUCGUUCUCUUCGUGGUAGCGAAUACCCUGCCUGCUGCGGGCAUGCCUUCCAGCAGCGACUUCGAGAAAUACUCCGUUCGCUCCGGCCGGCUACGGCACGGUGGCAGUGCGGGGAGCGGCAGCGGAGGCGGGCAUCGCGUCAAGUGGAGAAAGCUGCAAGUGCUCGUCACCUGUAGCUCCAUGAACCUCACCGCUUGCGGAUCCGUGUGCGUGGAUACGAAGAACGACUUGAAUAACUGCGGCGCGUGCGGAUCGUUCUGCGACAUAUCGACGUCGUGCUGCGACGGCAAGUGCACCAACCUGGACUCGAGCCUCGAGCACUGCGGCGGCUGCUACCAACGCUGCCCGGGCACCUGCACUCUCGGCGUCUGCGAUUACGGCGGCACCAGCGGCUACAUUCCCGGUGUUACUCCUUCGCCGUAG